GGCGAAAAAUGUCACAUCGAAACAGAUCGCUUUCUGCGAUGCGGUGCUCACCCGGGAAACAAACGGAGCAAAACAAAACGCAAACAUCCAAAAUUCACAAAACGAAAAACUAGUCAUAACUGUUUUAAAAGCAUUUCUGAGUUGGUCUAACAGGCAAAACGUUAAAAAUGCUAAACCAAGAACAACUGCUCAAAGUGGACCGACCCUGCCCGGAUCCGGACCCGAAGAUUGCGGCCGCAGCAACUGUCGAAGCGAGUUCUCCGCCGCCCAGCACCUACCAAAUGCGACCGACUUUGGAACAAACGUUCAAAUCCGAAAAAAUCAAACAGAUUAUAAAUACGGUUCUACAGGACACCUUGAGUGGGCAAACCUACACGGCGGUGGAUGCAGCCCGGUGGACCAAAACCCUCGCCGAUGAAAUCAGCCUCAAGGUGAAGGAUUUGGAAAUGAAACGGUACAAGCACGUGGUCCAGGUUGUGCUCGGUCAGCAGCUGGGGGCCGGCUGUAAAUACAUUGCACGCUGCCGGUGGGAUGCCGAGUGCGACAAUCAAACUUCUGGCGAGUUCAAGAACGCCACUAUCUUCUGCAUCGUGACCGUGUUCGGCCUGUAUCUGUAUUGAGGGGAUCCGAGAUUCUCUGUGUUUGUGUUCAGCAUCGUGUGUGAUUUUAGAUUUAAAUUGGCUUCAAAUGAUUUAGAAUAAGAUAGAUUUUAAUUGAAUGAUAUACUCUGUGCCGAUCUGUAUUGGUGAAAGCCAUAGAGCCACUAGCUUCAUAAUAAAGCAGCACCAGUGAAA